GGCGUUCACGAAUUUAUCCAACGGCAACGACAGGCUAACCGAUCCGUCGUGCUUGUAACGAGCGGAGUGACCACCGUACCGCUAGAGCUCAAUGUCGUCCGCUUCCUCGAUAACUUUAGCGCCGGUACCCGAGGUGCAACAUCUGCCGAAUAUUUCCUCAAAGCUGGUUAUGCUGUCAUGUUCAUGCAUCGCCAGUUCAGCCUGCAACCUUUUAGUCGACAUUAUUCCCAUUCAAUCAAUCCAUUCCUCAACCUUCUCGAUAUUGAUGCUGCAUUACCGUCAUCUUCGACUAUUGACUCGGCAUUCCCGUACUCAAAUGACCCUCCACCGAUGACACCGACGCCGCAGAUUACUGUAACCACUGAUGAACGCGCCAAACUCUUUUCUGUACUCCGUGCAUACAAAACAGUACAUGCUCAAGGAACCCUACGUAUGGUCUCAUUCGUUACCGUGAACGAAUAUCUUUGGUUACUGCGCGCAGUCAGUAGAGAGAUGAGCAUCCUAGGACAAAAGACGAUGUAUUAUCUUGCUGCCGCUUCGAAACAUAAGAUACAAUCUGGAAAGGGCAAUUUGUCGAUGAAAAUGGAUCGAGUACCGAAGAUCUUAAAGCCGCUUGUGUCAGAAUGGAACCCAGAGGGGUUCAUUGUCUCCUUCAAGCUCGACACUGACGAGACGAUUCUGAUACCGAAAGCCCAACAGGCGCUUGAGCGUUAUGGGCACCAGGUGGUGAUCGGAAACGAUCUCCAUCAUCGCAAGUAUCGAGUUGUGUUGAUAUCUCCCAUAGCACAGGCAGACGCUACAAAGAAACCGAACGGAGUCGUCGUAUCUCGACCGAAAUAUGAAGAAUUUCGGAUAGAAAUUGAUUCUCAUCAACCAUCCAACCAUCCCAAAGAAAUAGAGGAAGACAUCGUUGAAGAAUUGCUUAAACGGCACAAUGCGUGGAUCGAGGGUUCAUAG